AACAUCCGACUUGGGAAAACACGGCGUUAAAGUGGCUCCGAGCCGACACGUUUUUCUCGGUUCUGCGGGGUUCGGUGGAGUUUCGGGGCCGUAUGUGUAGCGCAGGGGUCUUCGGCGGCGCCCUGGCUCUCCAGACCGGAACAAUCGGCGAAUAAUCAUCAGAAUAAUCGGAAUAAUAAUAAUAACCCCUCUCCCUCCGGUUCGGCUCCGAAUCCGUACAGAGGGCGGUUCGGAUGUGGUUGGUGUCAUGAGUCCGGCCGGCUGCUCCCACCUGAACGUCUUCAAAGUGGAUAACUGGAAGCAGAACCUGCGGGUCAUCUACCAGUGCUUUGUGUGGAGCGGCUCUGCUGAAACCAGGAAACGCAAGGCGAAGUCAUGUAUAUGUCACAUGUGUGGAGCUCAUCUGAACCGGCUCCACUCCUGUCUCCACUGCAUCUUCUUCGGCUGCUUCACGAAGAAACACAUCCACGAGCACGCCAGAACCAAGAGACAUAAUCUAGCUGUGGACCUUUUGUACGGUGGAAUCUACUGCUUUGUGUGCCAAGACUACAUUUACGAUAAAGACAUGGAACAGAUCGCCAAAGAAGAACAAAGGAAAGCAUGGAAACUGCAAGGUAUUGGGGAGAAAUAUUCCACAUGGGAACCAACCAAGAGAGAACUGGAGUUGCUGCGACACAACCCCAAGAGACGGAAAAUAACCGCCAACUGCACCAUAGGUCUGAGGGGGUUAAUAAACCUGGGGAACACCUGCUUUAUGAACUGUAUAGUCCAGGCUCUGACCCACACUCCUCUGCUGAGGGACUUCUUCCUUUCCGACAGACACAAGUGUGAGAUGCAGGCGAACUCCUGCCUUGUGUGUGAGAUGUCGCAGCUCUUUCAGGAGUUCUACUCGGGCCAUCGCUCGCCCCACAUUCCCUUCCGGCUGCUGCACCUGGUGUGGACACACGCGCGCCACCUGGCUGGCUACGAGCAGCAGGACGCUCACGAGUUCCUCAUCGCUGCCCUGGACGUGCUGCACCGCCACUGUAAAGGAGACGACAACGGGAAGAAGGCCAACAACCCCAACCACUGCAACUGCAUCAUCGACCAAAUCUUCACCGGUGGCCUGCAGUCCGACGUCACCUGCCAAGCCUGCCACGGCGUAUCCACAACAAUAGACCCAUUUUGGGACAUCAGUCUGGACCUGCCUGGUUCCUCCACUCCGUUCUGGCCGCUCAGCCCCGGCUCUGACGGCAGCGUGGUGAAUGGAGAGAGCCACCCCACUGGAGCGACCACGCUAACAGACUGCUUACGCAGAUUUACUCGACCUGAGCACUUAGGCAGCAGCGCCAAGAUCAAAUGCAGCGGUUGCCAUAGUUACCAAGAGUCAACCAAGCAGCUGACGAUGAAGAGGCUCCCCAUCGUGGCCUGUUUCCACCUUAAGCGCUUUGAGCAUUCGGCCAAACUCCGCAGGAAGAUCACCACCUACGUGUCUUUUCCCUUAGAGCUCGACAUGACCCCCUUCAUGGCGUCCAGUAAAGAGAGUCGGAUGAACGGACAGUAUCAGCAGCCUGUAGACUCACUAAACAAUGAUAACAAAUACUCUCUGUUUGCUGUAGUGAACCAUCAGGGCACGCUGGAGAGUGGCCACUACACCACGUUCAUCCGCCAGCACAAGGACCAAUGGUUUAAGUGUGAUGACGCCAUCAUCACUAAAGCCAGCAUUAAAGACGUGCUGGACAGUGAAGGGUACCUGUUGUUCUAUCAUAAGCAGUUCCUCGAGUACGAAUAAUUUGUGGAAGCAGAUUUGAAGCUGAACACCUUAAAGAGAACCCGAGAGUGAGAAGAAGUGGACCCCUCGUGCGAGUCCAGCCACGAGAAACAGAGAAAAUGAAUAAAUAUCGUAACGUUACUUUAAAAAAACAAAAAGAAAUCAAAGAAGAAAAUCCUGCAUAGCUGAACGGCUAAAUCCGUCUGCACUGAGUAACAGAAUCUACUUGACAGAAGGCGAAAGGAGGAGCGUCUAAACUCCUUCAGCUGUUUCUUUUCCUCUCCAUACAGACGAGCGGAGCGACGGACGGCCAGCGGCCGCUCAGCCUCGUUUUUUUCUUGUGCUUUUUCCGCACAUUCGCUUUGUUCUUUGGCUUUUAGCGUUGAUCCCUCUUCCUCCUGACCUCAGAAUGACCAAGCAUUUCAAAUCACAAACGAUGAGGGAAGAUAUUCCUUUCUUUUGAAUUUUAUUUUGCAUUUUGCAUUUUGGGUCUGAAUGCAGGCGAAAAAAGCAGACUCUGGUAUUAAAUGUGGAAAAUCAUUCUGUUGUUGUUUUGAAUCAUCUGUGAAUUUGAGUUUUGAGAUACUGUAUAAUUGUGAGUCCAGCACAUGCUUUUCUUUCUUUUCUUUUCCAUUUGGAUGGGCAGAGCGUGAGAAAGGAGGUACGCGGUUGUUCCCGUGUUCCUUUCGCUCUCAUCGCUCCAUCUCUCUUUUUUCCUUUGUUGUUUUAGGGCAGGGAAAUAUAUCAUGUGUAUAUAUACAUAUAUUUUUAUAAGUCAUGGAAUUCUUGUGUUUACGAUACUUUGCCCGAACCCACCCUCACAAACAUCCCACACAUCCCUGUCUGUGUUAUGCUUGUAAUAAUGUGUCCUCAGUUUUUUUUUUUUGGUCAAAUGGGGAAUUCCACCAAAUUUUCAAAAUUUCUGCAUAAUUAAGUGGUCAAGAUGUAAACAAGUCAUUCAUAGUGGUGGUGAUAGGAACCAGACGUCCAUCUCUAAAAGCUCCCUUACAGACAGUGAAAUGUAAACGGUCUGUUUGUGUUUAGGGCUCCAUUAUAUUUGUCCAUCAUUUUUCUCCUAGUGUCCAAAUUCCAGAGUGAUGUUGAGGGCACUCGUAAUUUCUAGUGAACAGCAGCCCAAUGUGGACCAGAUCGCACUGCGAGUCUUUUGUUCCUGAGCAGCUGAAAGAUGCCACAGUCAUCUGGAAGUGGGAGUCCAAGAGCUCAUACCUGCUUUUUCUGUCUGGGUGUGCAGGACGGUCCUAACUCUCCCCCGUCUCUCAGCGCAAUGCGGUGAUGUAACAGAAUUAGCAGUUAGCAUUCUCCAAACAUGUUGAGCUCCAGUGAUGUAGCGUUAACGGCAGUUUGUAAAGGUGAGGUGGAGCUUCAUGUUUCUUGGACGAAGCUCCUGUUAGCUUCACCCUCCCGGCCUGGCAGCACUGAAUCAUAAAGGGAGUGCUAGAUAACGCGGAAAUGACAGCGUUUAACAGAAAACCCCACAGAAUCCUCAGCAGCUAAAUCUACUCUCAGCUGUGUGAGUCAGUGAGUCACUCUUUCCCUUUAUUCCAGCUUCCAUUCUCUUCAGGAGACUCACUUUCAGUUCCUCAAAGAAUCUGCAGACACACCUCCAAAGUUCAGUCUUAGAAGCUGGUUUAGCGUUUUCUGAUAAUUGUUAAUCAUUAUUCAUCAAACUCCAACUGACAUUCUCCUCUAUUAUGAGUUUAGCUUUAUUAUUAUUAGUGCUUCUCAGUCAAAGAUUCACAGACAUCUGGAAAAUGAAUCAUUUUAAUUAAUGGCCAUUUUAAACGGAAGUUCUGUGACUUUUGCUGUGUAAAAACUCAGAAGACUCGUGUAGGUUCACUGGUGGUUCUGGAUAGUAAAUAAAAUGUCUAUAUUUGUGUUGUAGUCAUGGCGACCCCUGGUUCCUAUCACCACCACUGUAAAGACAUCUGAACCAUUUCACACCAAACCACUCUGAAUCACUCUGAUUACAUCUCACACACUGAACUAUGGGGGAAAUUCUAGGAAAAGGGUGGAUUUCCCCUUUAGGAAACACAGCUGUGUUGGAUCUCUCACCUCUGUUUUUUUUUCGGAGUGUUUGGUGAAGUGUUGGUGGUUGAAGGCGUCUCGUGAUGCGUAAGUGGUGGAGAAUGCAUACGGACGAGGCUGGACUGAGCAGUGUUACUCCGGACACUCUGUUUCUGUGUGUGUGUGUGUGUGUGUGUGUACUGAAUCAGUACCUUAACCUCGGCAUGCUGUCUAAACUGGAUUCUAAAAGACUUUGG